GAAAACAACAAGCCGGAGACGCGCUGACUCCAGAUCUGCCGCUCCAACCCGGUGCGGAGCGGCGUCCUGCGCAUGGGAGGCAGGAGCGGAGCGGGCGGAGCAGACUUCCUGGUUAGCUCUCCGUCUGUUGUCCAGCCCGCACACCUCUCUGGGUUUCACAGCCAAAGAAGCCACCGAAGUGGUUUGGUAUCGGCUCAACCGGCGGCUGUGUUCCCGGUGUAAUUUCCAUACGAAAGAGCCAAAGCUCCGGGUGAAACCGAGGCGGAAAGGGCCGGAGCGGCUGCGCGCUGGAGGCUGCCCGCUCAGCAGCGAGCCUAGCCCGGCUUGUGCUACACGGACGGGGCGGCGGAGCUGUUAGCGCUCACCACUGUCAUUUUUUUUUUUUUUUUUAAACACAAACUUCAAUUUACCGAGCUUCAUAACUUAAGUGAGGACUCGCCACAGACUUUCACCGACAAGCAAGUUGAGAGCGAGCAUGUGGUUGGAGCCACAGGUGCUGUAGGAUGAAGAGCCCGGCGCACCGCACCAGGGACAUAGAGCGGCAAGCCGGCUACCUGAAGCCCGAGCACUGCGCCCCUCCCCCGCCCCGCACCGGCUCCGACACCAUGUGGUUCAUCCGUGACGGCUGUGGCAUCGUGUGCGGCGUCAUCACCUGGAUCCUGGUCUUCUAUGCCGAGUUCGUGGUGGUGUUUGUCAUGCUGCUGCCUGCCAAAAACGUGGCCUACAGCCUCAUCAACGGGGCGCUCUUCAACGGCCUGGCCUUCCUCGCCCUCGCCUCUCACGCCAGGGCGAUGUGCACCGACCCGGGAGCCGUGCCUAAAGGGAACGCCACCAAGGAAUUCAUCGAAAGCCUGCAGCUCAAGCCAGGUCAGGUGGUCUACAAGUGUCCCAAGUGCUGCAGCAUCAAGCCCGACAGAGCUCAUCACUGCAGUGUGUGUAAACGCUGCAUCAAAAAGAUGGACCACCACUGUCCCUGGGUCAACAACUGUGUCGGAGAGAACAACCAGAAAUACUUUGUACUCUUCACGAUGUACAUAGCACUAAUAUCCUUCCAUGCGCUGAUCAUGGUGGCCUUCCAUUUUGUCUUCUGCUUUGAAGAAGACUGGUCAAAGUGCAGCAGCUUCUCUCCUCCGGCGACCGUCAUCCUCCUCAUCUUGCUGUGUUUCGAGGGCCUCCUCUUCCUCAUCUUCACAGCGGUCAUGUUUGGGACCCAGGUUCACUCCAUCUGUACUGACGAGACGGGCAUCGAGCAGCUGAAAAAGGAGGAGAGAAGAUGGGCCAAAAAGUCAAAAUGGAUGAACAUGAAGGUGGUGUUUGGCCACCCGUUCUCGAUAGCCUGGCUGAGCCCCUUCGCGACACCCGACCACGGCAAAGCAGACGUGUACCAGUACAUCGUCUGAAACACGGAAACCAAGCUGGGCUCAGUGUGUGUGUGUGUACACACUGCCAGCCGGCCCCGCUGCUCUGGGCACGGACUGAUGAUGAGUACAAGUGGUGGGUUAUGGUCCUUCCUCCCCUGUGGCUGGGCUUCACUGAGCAUGAACUCCUCUUAACCACUUUUUAUUUUUUCUCGUUUAUAUUUCAAGGUGUUCUAUUGUGAGCUUUUGUCUUGUUCGAUCUUGCUAUUUUUUUUUAAAAAAAAGCUUUUCACCAUAUAUAUAUUUUUUUCAUUUCUUUCUUGGUGCUGACUGAUUUUUUGUGAGGUUCCGCCGUUCCGCUUUCACUGAAAAAUAAUGCUCUGCGAAACAUCCAAACUCGAGAGACAUCUCAAAUUCAGCAGUUGACUUUGACAUGAAGCGUUUAAUGAGGAGGGCUGCAGCGAGACAAGAGACUGAAUUCUGCUUUCUUCAGAUAGGGAAGACUUUCUGCAAUAUGUCUCAUCAUUUCCUGCUUCCAAGACUAAAUGUGAACCCGAGGUGAAAUCCAGAAUGUUCAGGUGCCAAGGCGGUCGCCUGGCUUUGUCUUCCUGUAAACAUCGCUGUGAUCACGUCUUCAUUUGCUGUAUUUCUCUCAUUCGCGAUUGUCUUACGCUGAACGCCGCAGAUGACUUGCCUUAGCACGGUGCAUUAGUGGACAGUGUUGUUUGCUAGAGAAAUUUCUGUCAUUCUGCCUUAAUGUGACAGUGUGGGCUCGAUAGGAAGCAGACUCUGGUUAAAUACUCUUUGAUAUAGUUUUAUAGCCUGUUUAGAUGCCAGAUGAGUGGGUUUUGUUCAGACAGCAGUGUAUUUUGACGGUAAUUUGAGACAUGUUGUUUUUACUGACAUUGAUUUUCCUUUUGCAGUGAACCCAGCCCAUCUGGUAGCACAAGAAAGUUAGAAUAAACACCACAGAUGACACGCGAAUAUUGUUUGACCCGGGUUUAAUAGGAGUUUGUCCUCUGACGGGGCGAAAAGCCAAGUCUCUGCUCAAGCCGGAGCAGGUUCACUACAACAGGCAGGAAUAGCUGCACAGUUGGAAUAGCCAACCCAAAACCUGCAGGGGUGUGGGACAUUGGUCAACGAUUGUUUGAGUCAGCCUUUGUCCAACAGAGUGGCAAGAUGUCUAACUGGACGCCUGACAGGAUAGGGUAUGACCAUCUUUGACCAAAUGCCGGUUAAUUUCAUUUGUCACCGGGAAGUUUUGACACUUUGUUAGGUAAACAAUCAAUCUUUUUUUCUACUCUUAGGGACAAUUUGGCUUGUGAGAUAGUGAGUGUGGAUGUUCAGUUUUGGAAUCCAGUUGCUGCUUUGACCUGUGGGUGAAGAAAUCUGUGUCCUGCCUCAUGAUUGCUGGAAUAUCUGUAAACUGUGUGUGUUGGAAAGUGCCCGUUAAGCCCGCCAACCGUUUUUGCUCGGUAAUCAUUUCUGUUACACUCCACCAGCUUAGAUGGAAAGUCAGGGAAUAAAGCAAUACACUUUGCUUUCUGAAUGCACUGGCUGUAAGUGUAGUUGUCCGACACUAAAUUGAUGGAAUUUGCUCAUGGAUAAUCUAGUUUGUUUCAGAUUGUGAUUAUGAGUCUGACGCAGAGAAUAAAAAGCCUUGUGAGGACAAAAAAACGACGGUAACAUUUUGGCCAGUGUAAAAUAUGCACUGGACACAGGGCGUGUGUUUUGUCACCGCUGUGCACAAUGCAAGUCCACCCAGCAUAGAAACGGCUUCCUGUGUCCCACCUGCAAGUGUAGAUUUUAUCUUCAGUGAUGAAUAGUUUGAUGCAGAUAGAAAGUAGGCCACAUCAAAACAUUUAACCCUCAAAAUGCCUUUGUCCAAAUGUGUUGAAAAGCCUUACUACAAUCAUGUUUUGUUGAUGAUCGAGCAACUUCACACGUAUGUUUUGCCAUAUUUUGUGCUUUGUAAAGUCAGGCGUUUCUGAAAUAACCCCUAUGCAUGAGUGAGGUGUGCAGGGAUCGUGCAUUGUCAAUAAUCAAUGGGAUUUUUUUCUCCUAAAAUCACUGCUGUUUUUAAUAAAAGAUAAACACUGACUAUCACCAUCAUAUGGAACUGCAACGGUUGCUACCCAGUUUGCACAAACACCAGCUUAUUUUUUUAAAAUCGUUCAUUCAGUACUACAGUACGUGGUCAGGCAUGAAUGCCAUUUAUAGUGUUUGGACCACAUGUUUUUUUGUGAUAAUAAUUGUGAUAUAUGUUUAAAGGUGAAUGAAAAAAAAAUAGCAUGGAUGUCAUGCUGCGUUCGGUAAGUGUUACACAUACUUUUAAUUCCUCAGUUUACUGUAUAUUUGACCACGACUGGGUCGGCAGGGUUGUCCCUUAAUUUUCAAGUCGAGGAUUGAAUUAAAAACAGCUACAAAAAUGACUGAAUAUGAAAAGUCAUUACUGAUGUAAGCGAUGAUGACUGAUCUGCACAUCAUGCACAUUUUAGGUGCAGGGGUACAGUGACUGCAAAAGCAUUCCUAUCUGUCACCUAAUUGGAGCACAGGAUGACAGGGCUUAAAUCUGAUUUUGUGCCUUUCUGACAGACAUUUAGAAGAUGUUUAAAUUGCAAGUAGAGUUUCUCAAGGCGAACAUUAGUCGCAGUAAGCACUUCUUUCAUCAGACCCUGUCACCCAGUCUGUGUUUGCAUGCAAAGAGAGGAUGUUAAGCUGGACAGGCAUCAAGUUCCAGUUUGCUCUACGAAGUAAGGGAUUGGUGGCCUUUUGAUGCAUCAUAUCGUCUUCACCCACUCGAACACCAGACGCAAAUUCACAGAUUACAGCCGACAUGUAUUUCGCAGAGUAUCUUCAGGACACUAUUCUAUUGGAAGCAGGAAACUGAAUAAGGGGAUCUCAUGAUUUUGAACCAAAAUCAGGAAAAAAGGGAUUCUGUACUCCUCAGACCAUGAUUUUAUUUUUCUCACCGUUUUGUUUUCUCUCUGUUGCUAUGUUGAACAACCUCUACAGAACAUAAGCUCAGUGCUCUGCAAACACUGAGCUUCUGUGUUGGAUUGUUGAUGUAUGUUUAAAUAAAAAAAAAGAGAACUUGAA